AUGAAGAUGGCACUGAUGAAGGUGGCGUUCCUGCCGUACGGUUUCCUGAUCGACCAGUGGCGUUGGAAGGUUUUUAGUGGAGCUAUUACUGAAGACAACUACAACGCCGAGUGGUGGAAGCUGAGGACUAAGUACCAGGGAGUCAAGCCUCCAGUGGAUCGCUCAGAAGAUGAUUUUGAUCCCGGAUGCAAGUAUCACAUUCCAGCAAACUAUCCCUACAUCAGGUAGGUAAUCUACCUUUAACAACCUUUGCAACGAUGUUUUACGUUCAGUCAUUUCUUUGCAACCUCAAAAAGUGGCAAGUGUUUGCAUCUCCAAGUCUCUGAAGCGUUUCUGAUGAGUCCCUGAAUUUAUCCUUUUUGUGUGUUUCACUCCUUGUUUAUUUUUUAAAUUUUUACCCACAUAGACUUUGAAUUUUUAAACAACGGUUUUGGCUACUCAAGUCUUGGCCUUCUCUGUACGUAGGCGCAUGAAAAGCGUCGCCAUUCUUAUCUAUGCCGUGAAUUUCGUCUCAUGCGCUUGGUGCGAAGGCUAAACGUGUCUCGGAUUUUACCAUUCGUCAUCCCUGAAUUAAUUGAAGAAAACGUCAAAAGUAGUAGUCUGGCAAAAUGGAAAAGAAGUGGAUGUGUGGUAACGGAGCAGUUACCACGGCCCAGUUUGAAGAUCGAACUUUGGAUUUGUAGGUGCGACUUCUUGCCGUCUCAUUGUCCCCUUAGACAAGAAACUUAGCUCCACUAUGUCUCACGUACCCUGGAAACGAGGUUGACGCUAUUUCCAAAGGCAGGAUAAUAGGUUUAACCAGGUGAAUAAAUGGGCAGCGGGGACAUAAUAUUGGGAAUAAUUAACCCUACCAUGGACAGUGCCAUUUAAUCCUUGGGGGAUUAGCAAUACUCCAAGGUGUUUUAUUCUAAGGUUAAGCCCCGGCCUUGGGGACCACACCAUCGAGAGAUUUUAACGAGGUCUCCCAGGAAUUUGAAUUUCAGCAUCGAAAAUGUUAAAUGGAAGCGAAAUGCUGAUUGGUGGAGAUUUUAUUUGGCAAUGACAUGGCAUCAAUCAUCUGGCGUGUCACGAAGGAGACCAAAACACCAGGCCGUGUAGCUUCUUUUAAAACGAAAGGCAAACAUAAACGAGUCAUGUCUUUUAUCUUUCAGAUAUUUCAUGAGCCUCAUUCUACAGUUCCAGUUUCACAAGGCCGCUUGCAAAGAAGCAGGUCACAAAGGACCCCUUCAUACCUGUUCCAUCUACAAAUCCAGGAAAGCGGGAAAAAAGAUUGGGUAAUGUUGUCAAUAAGUUCACGGGGCUCGUACAGAUUUUUGGAUAAAAAAUUUCAACAAUUUUUCCAGGCUUUUCUCGAAACAAUUAUUUCUUUUUCCUGACUCAAGGUUAGUAAAUAAGUGAUUAAUCGAAGAAAAUGAUGGCUGAGAAGAUUAAGACCCUCAAAUAAUGUUUUUAAAUAUAUUGAUUGGUACGCUACUGUCAAUGGUCUACUCAUGCGCAAUAACAAAAAAAAGGUGUCAGGCUACACUUUGCACAUGCGCAUUGAGAUCCCUAAUUUCAAGGACAAGAUGACUGCUCCAUUUCUCCGAAAUAAUGAACCAGAUAAGUACUCCGAUUAAAUGAUAAAGCAAUCAUCGAACUCGAAACGCAAAAUGUGGUGCAUUCUCAAAAGCUACUACAUUUCUAAAAAGAAACAAAUAAGCAGGUGAGGCUUCAGAGAUCUGGGCCGUGAGGCGUCAUCAGUAUGGAAUUUCUGUGCUCGUUUCUCAGACAUCAUGCCACGGAGACAUCUGUGGUGGCGUCAAGAAAUGUCGGCUGUUUUCUCAGGCUUCGCGAGGCAAGACACAAAAGCUGGCCGAGCGGUUUUGACACUUUCAGAAUGAUUAAUUGUAACUAGACAGCUUGAGCCAAACAAAGUGAAAUUGUCUUUAAAACAAGAACCAGUAGGCAGUGAGGAAAGAUGAAUUAAAAAAUGUGAAAUGAAAUCAUAUUUUGAACUGCGGAUACAGAUAUGAAAGUGACCGUGAUCCUGGCAGUUGAAUGAACAACCUAAGCAGUUGAAAAAAAACCUGAAAAAAACUUCAGGCUUGACCGGGAAUCGAAUCCUGAUCGACGCAACGUUCUAUCCAUUCAGCCAAUCAGUCCAACUGAAGAGCAGGCCAUUGUGAGUUCGUAAAUUACCCGAUGGUGGAAAUUACAUGGGUGGAAAUACAGUCGAACCGCUCCACAACGGCCACCUUAGGGGGAGAACAAAGUGGCCGUUGUAGAGAGGUGGCCGUUAUGGGGAGGCAGGGGUGUAAUAUGACAUUAUUUUUUUAGGGAGUAUAACAUUCUUACUGUGCUAAGUUCAUGCCUACUGUAUUCCAUAAUGGUAAUCCAAUCAUUAUUUCUAAUAGAGAUAAAAUGCACAAAAAAAUAAAUGUAAAUAAUUUUUUUGAGGUUCGGAACAUUAUAACUAUAAGCAUUGUAGACAAUUCAUGAUUACUGUAGCAGUAUAAAUGGAACACAAUCAAAAUACUAUUGCCGCAAUUAAUCAUCAACGUGUCAUACGGAUCAAAUUUCAUGACCAUUCUUGACUUUUUCAUCAACUGCGAAAAAAAAACUGGCCGUUGUCGAGGUUAUUUUGGCAGUUGGUGACACGCUUUAGUGGCCGUUGCCGUUGUAGAGGUUUAAACGAGAGAGGAGAUGUAGGGGCUGUCCGCCCGGACAAAAAACAAGUGGCCGUUGUAGGGAGGUGGCCGUUAGCGGAGGUUUGACUGUAUACGAAAUGAAUUUUAAUUUGAACUGCAAGAUUUUAAUUUGAGUUAGCCGGUCAAAUUCACGUCUUAUUCUGUGCGUAUGAGUGGGUAGUUGACUGUGUUUUAACGGUGAAUGGGUUGAUGUACUCUUUCGCAUAUCCGUUUACUUUUGAUCUCUUUUAACAGUGAUAUGUUGAAGAUGGGAAGAAGCAAACCUUGGCCACAAGCCCUCGAGAAACUUACCGGAAGUCAGGAGGUUGAUGCUGGGGCGCUUACUGAAUAUUUCCAGCCGCUACGUGAUUGGUUGGUAAAGCAACGAAAGAAAAUCGGCUACGCGGCCCCGGGAUGGGAAGAAGACGAGUAG